GGCCGGGGCGAACUCCCACUGCCAUUCACUACAUCAUCGGUAGCCACAAACCUUACGGACUGGUGAAUCUCCAUUUAAAAAGAAAACCGCACGGAUACCGCAUCGCAAACAAGAAAACAUCUGGACAGACGGCAAUAGAAGGAUAAAAUCCCGACAGAGCUCACUCUCCAUGGUCAGACCGGGUUAUAAUUUAGCGUUCCGGUUAGAUUUAACAUUUGGUGAGCCAGCCAUUCGUCUUUGUCAAGCUUGAACAGGGGGGAGAGACGAACACACGCCAUAUUCAAGCUUUCGGAAGGACCUAAAGAACCAUUGGAGGACGCCAGGGACACUCAGCUGAUCGCCAUCGCUGGUGAUAAGACGUGACAGACACAGGGAAGGGAUCUGAGGAAAAGACGUACCAGCAAAGUAGGCUGAGGAUACAAGAGGGCUAUCUUGUCAGCGGCACAGAGGCUCCGGAUGUGAUGUGGCUACGGCUGGUCCAGGCGUCACCUGGGGCUUCCAUGGACAAUAGACUGGAGAACCUGAUCCAGGACGGAGCCUCCCGCCACCUCCACAAGGGGGAGCCACUGCUGCUUCUCUACCAUGGACAGUUCACCAGAAUGUUGGGUCUACAGGAGCUGCGGUCACUUCAUAAUGAAAAGGAUGGAACACCCAUAAAACGUAGAAAACGUGGCACCAACUUCCACAGCUUGGCACGGGACAUGGAACAAGAGGGGACGGGACCCUCAGAAGAAGGAAAAUUGGUGCCAAUAGAGAACAAAUACCAAGAAGACGAAAAUAGAGAAGACUUCUUGUUGGGAAUGGCCUCGGAAUUGAAGAGUGCCAUAUGGAGAAGGGUGAAGGCCGGACUGCUGGAGGUGAAGAGGAGCGCGUUCACCGAAGUGAGCAGAGAGCGGCGGGUGGGGGCACCAGGCAGUGCCUUCUCACCAGUGCCCACCAGAGUGGGGGGUAAAACCAUCAUCAGGGCUGGGAGGAGUCUUAGAGCCAUUGAUACCAGAGAAGCCCCGGACAUACCGGCGGACCAUGGCUAUACGGAUGUCCCCAACACACACGAAUAUUUGGCCUUUCCCAAUUCUUUGGCCAUCCUCCCUCUCUCAGAGAUGUUGCCUAAAUGGGAGACACCGCCGUCACCACAGGUCCUCCCUCCGACCUUCACUACCCUGGGGUCUACGGCGCAGAUCUGGUGCGCCAAAUGCAAACUCUCAUUCCGCAUGACGUCAGACUUGGUCCUGCACAUGAGGUUACGACAUAAGAAGGAGGCCGGAGUGGAGACCAAUGGCAAAAGACCCAGAGAGCUCCAACUAUCGUGUCCUGUGUGCUACGCCUACUUCAGGGAGCGCCAUCACCUGUCCCGUCACAUGACCUCCCACUGCUAGUGACCAACGUGGCAGGGCAUCCAUAGAAAGCCACGUCUUACUGCAACAUCUUGUGACACUAGCGCAAAACAUUCUCUGCAGAGGCCAAAAGCUGGAGGGCCACAUGAAAAGGGCCCAAGAGCCACCGAAGUGAGGAUUACAUGACAUAGGAUGUGGGACAGGUCACAUGACUGGUGCCACGGUCCAGGCAAAUGACAGGUCAAGUGUUGGGGUUAUCCCAAGAUUAAAACGUGUCAUCUUUCCACCGGAUAGACAAUAAGUAUUUAGGGGGGGGGGGGCUUACACCAUGUGGAUCUCCACCAACCUAAAGAGCAGAGGUUCUUUGCCCCUUAUGAGUGGCAGCGUGCAUUCUGGGCCACCACCCUAUUCACUCUCUAUGGGGCUUCCAAGGUUAGCCCAGAACUGUAUCUAUCUUUGGAGGUCCUAUAGACCAGUGGUCCCCAACCCAGUCCUCAAGGCCACCAACAUUCCGGGGUCAGCUCCUCCAUUAGAAUAUAAAAUCCUGGAUUGUUGGUGGUCUUAAAGCGGUACUCCACCCCUAGACAUCUUAUCCCUGAUCUCGAUUGCGGCACCCCAGACAUCCGGUGCACAUAGCGAACUUUGCUCCGUGCCGGAUGACUGGCGAUGCUGAGGCUUGUGAUGUCACAGUCAUGCCCUCCUCGUAAAGUCACGACCAUGCCCCCUCAAUACAAGUCUAUGGGAGGGGCCAUGAUGUCACGAGCCUCUGGCGCUUAAGCUGACGCUCUAAACGAAAGACGGGUGCAGCAUGGAGAUUGUGGGGGUCCCCAGCAGUGGAACCCUCGCGAUCAGACAUCUUGUCCCCUAUGCUUUGGAAAGGGGUUAAGAUAUCUAGAGAUGGAG